AUGGAGUCCUUCUUUCUCUCUUUGGGCCUCGCGGCCUUGCUUUUGUCGGGUGCAGCAGCUCAGAAACCUGCUUACCUCGGCGCUUUGCUCAUAGAGCCCGGAGUCAACAACGGCAAGUGCUUGACUGCCGCGUCCAAUAACGAUGGAGCCGUCGUCACCAUUCAAGGCUGCACUGGUGCCGAUGCACAAAAGUGGACCUUCGACGGCGGUUCUGUCAAAGUAUUUGGGAACAAAUGUCUUGAUGUUACGGACGGUAGCACGGCCGAUGGUGUCAAGCUGCAAAUCUGGACCUGCAACGUUCCGAAUGCGAACCAGCAAUUCUUCUAUACGAGCGAUUACCACCUCGCUUGGACCGACCAUGGCAAAUGCAUGGAUCUCACAGACGGCAACCAAAGCGAUGGGAAUCGAAUCCAACUCUGGGCGUGCAGCGGCGCGAACCCAAACCAAGUGUGGAACACGGGAUACAUGGCGAAUGCCCUUCCCCAAACCUCUGAGAGCGGCCAAAGCGGCACGAACAACUGUGGCACCGGAAGUUCUCAAACAUCCCAGUGCCAAACCGCUUGGAUUAACGACGUGGAUGAUUUCUGCCUGUGGGCCCCACCCAACCCAGGCAGUACCAUUGGUGACACAGAGCGCGAAGAGGUUGCUUGGUGUACGAAAUCCGGCCGAGGAGCUCGUACAAUGCCCGCUGGCACGUUGACAGGCGUCCACUUCGUGAAGACUCCGGACUACGUGCAAGUGACAGGUGUAGGAGACUUCACCAAAAUCAACAUUAGACGCGGCGAUCAAGGUGGAGAAUUGGACCCGCACGGCGCUGACGGUAAUGGCAACCCUAUCGGUGGCUUGGUCUUCGGCAACACGUUCGGUGCAGCUAGGCAGUAUCAUGAAUGGACAUCGUUCAUUUCCGACACUGAGUUCUGCUUCCGUGCAUGCAUAGGCCCCAACGCUGCCCGGAAUUGUCAGCACAUCUACGAUGUCAUGGGUUGCUUCUGGAACAUGCCCGCCAAUUACGAUGCCGGCACUUUCGAAUCUUGUGAUGCUGAUGAUGAUUUGCCUAUGGGUGUUUACGGUACAUCAACAUGGUUCCAAGGUGUCAAUCCGACACCACCAGCCCAUCCAGCCGCUUCCUCUUCUAAUUGCCGCACAAUCCCGACUGUUACCGCCUCCCCAGCGAGACGCCGUAGGGACAACGGUGCCUUCGAACGCGAGUUCUCAGGUCGCGAUGCCUUUGGAGUCUUUCCCACCCCAGCUCCCUAA